AUGGCGAAGGUUAGUAUAAAAGACUACGGAAGCAUGUGUCAGUGGUUUAAAAAGCUGAGCACGAAAAAAGUUAUGCCGUUACUACCAGAAAAAAAGGAUGAGAGAUUAAAAAAGUUUACAAAUUUUUCUUUAUAUCAUAUAAUGGAAAAGUAUGAAUUUGUGCCUAAUUUUCUUUUACAUACUGAAUACAUGUAUCCAAUAUUAUAUGAUAACCCUGAAGUUUUAAGACAGUCCUACUUCAAUCAUUAUAAGUUUUCUAAUACACCUAAUGGAAAGAAGGAUAUACCAACGAACAGAGAUGAUCCUGUAAUACAAAAUAAGCCAACAUCACAAUUAGAGGAAGGGGGGAAGAAUAUGGAGCAGGAAAAGGAGAAGAAUACGGAUAAAGAGAAUGAGAAAGAGAGAGAGAAAGAAAACCGAAGAAUGGAACAACAUAGCAAACAAAUUAAAUAA